AUUUUUUUAUUUUUACCUUCCCGGCCGGAGCUUCACACGCCUCACCUCGAAAGUCACUUGCCGUCGCUCACGAUCCUCAAGCCUUUGCGCCUCCGAACGAAAGACCUUGAUAUCUUUCUCGCACCACCCGACGACAAUACCGCGAAUUGCCUGUUCCAUUCGCCUCGGAGAAGCACACCAAAUUAUACAGCAAUCAUGUCUGGCAGCGGCGAUGUCACCCUCUUCGAGGAGUCCUUCACGGUCACCAACUACGACCAGUCCAAGUACGACAGAGUCGCCCGUAUCUCGGCCACCUCGACCGACAACCAGACGCUCAUGACCCUCGACAUCAACAUUGAGCUGUUCCCUGCCUCCGUUUCCGACAGCCUGCACGUGGUUCUGGCGACUUCUCUGGCCCACGAUGGCAGCAAGGACGACGAGAAGGGAUGGCGGGACGUGACCAAGGGCAACCAGGACCGUGAGCCGUCAUUGGCCGAUAUGUUCGAUUACGUCUGCUACGGCAAGAUCUACAAGUUCGAGGAUGCCGACGAUGGUCAAACUAUCAAGGCCUACGUCUCAUUCGGAGGCCUGUUGAUGUCCCUCGAAGGCCCCUACAAGAAGCUGACCCCGCUGAGAGUCGACUACGUCUACCUGCUUAUCAAGAAAUGAUUGAAAAGAUGCUGGAACUUUUCGCAAUGGGAUUUUCAACGCUUACUCGCUCUAUUCUGGCGCGCAUAAAAGUGAGGUACUACAAAAGGCUGUACAGAAGUCGUAUGGCCCUAUACAGCAAGAGCAUGGGCACCGGAGUUAAAGGCGUCGGGAAAAUCGUUGAAAGAGCGAGCCAGGUUGCUCGUGAUAUUCCCCGGAUCUCGGAACUUUACCCCUGGCUCAAGCGUCCAUAGCCCCUAGAGACGGGUCCUGGUUAUGCGGCCCAGGAAACGGCAUUCGUCGAUGGAUUCUUUGCGCAAUCUGAUCAUACUCGGGCUCGUUCUCUUUAGUCAAGAUACCCCGGCGGAUAAAAAAGUCGAGAGCCACCAGCGCGCAAUUGGGCUUCCAUACGCCUUGUGCGAGUCCUUCGCGGACCUGCUCGACCGUGCACAGGCUGAACUCGGCGACUUCGCCGUCCUUUGGCUGCGGUACAACGUCUGCGGGUAGUUCGAGAUCAUAAAUCCAUUGAACUUCGGGAUAAAUCAGUCCUUCCUCGCCC